AUGCCCUCUAGUUCUGCCGAAAAGGCCCAGCAACAGCCCGUAGGCUCGGGCUCGGGCUUUCCAAGCGCCAACCUCUAUCCAAGCAAAAACAUUUGGUCGUCCUUCCCUCAGACCAACCGAGAUCGUGCUGCGGGAUCCAAAGAUUCAGAAGAAAAUCCCACUGGCUCGAGCGCUCUCCACGCCAAUUCCGAGGCCGAUGUCUGGGGCUCCAACUCCAAGCCCUGGGGCACAGAGAACCCUGCCCGCUCCGUCAGCAACUCUCCCGGCCGAGCACGAGAUGCAGGCAUUCCGAAUGCCUCUGGCUUUUAUGCGAAUCAUCACCCGUCAGCCAUUGGCAUGAAGAAGGAGUCUUUGGGCGCUCCCGGCACCUUUGUUGAUGAGACGGAGGCAGCAUUCGCCUUUGCUGCUGCCGCUCAGAAGCGAGGCCCCCAAGAUGCAGCCUACAUGGAUCCCAUGGCAGCCUUUGCACAGGCUCGAGAUGCUAGCCUUCCGCCCUCUCGACAGUCGCAAGGCUCUCCAGCCUAUGCUGAAAUAUAUCAGGGCAGCGGCCAUACUCCCAGCAACUCCAUCCACUCGACCAGACAGCACCCUCUAUCUUUCCCCCAAGUAGCGAAUCAGCGAGCAUUCAGCCUCAACAGACAAGUCGAUGACGAUCUCUCCUUGAGAAUGGCCCGUCAGAUCACCAUCAACGGUUCGCCCGGUAGCCAGGCAUUUAACCCUGCCUCCGUGCCAUUCCAUUCCAACCCCGCCACCUUGCCGUGGAUGGGCGAGACCGGCGCCUCUAGGAUUGGAAACGGCCUCGAGUUUGGCACAGCAGAUCCUCUGCUGCUUUCUAGUGUAAGGCGCCCUUCUCUCGAUAGAGUCUCGCCGGCGCCCGGCUCGACCUACCGCUUGGACUCGGGUUCUAGCUCAAGAGCUUUCGCUCCGGGUGCAGAUGCUUGGAUGAGCAGGCCAUCCUCACGAGGCCAGCGGACGGCCGAGCAUGAGCGGAGGCCCUCAGGCCAACAGUUUGCUGGUGCGAACGGCUACCCAAACCCGCAGUUUUACCAAAACCACCAGUUUGGUUAUAGCCAAAUCGCCAACCAGUAUUCACCUUCUUAUCCAGAGGCGUAUACACAAAACUUCCGCCCCAUCAUGCCCAACUAUCCCGUCCCCUCGAUUCAUCCUGGGUAUCCACUCAACUCCAUGACGCCAAUUCGGCCCUCCCGAGACCAAGAUCCCAGCAAAGGCAUGCGCAGUGCCCUACUGGAUGAGUUCCGUGUCAACGGCAACAAGUCCAACAAGCGCUACGAGCUUAGGGACAUUUAUAACCACGCUGUGGAGUUCAGUGGAGAUCAGCAUGGCUCGAGAUUCAUCCAGCAGAAACUGGAAUCUGCGAACAGUGAUGAAAAGGAGCAGAUAUUCCGCGAGAUUGAGCCCAACGCCCUUCAACUCAUGAAAGACGUCUUUGGCAAUUACGUCGUGCAGAAGUUCUUUGAAUACGGAAGCCAGCUUCAGAAGAAAAUCUUGGCGGAAAAGAUGAAGGGGAAGGUGGUUGAUCUUUCAGUCCAAGUUUACGCCUGUCGUGUCGUCCAGAAGGCCCUUGAGCACAUCCUGGUCGAACAACAGGCCGAGCUGACACGGGAACUGGAACCUGAGAUCUUGCGCGUAAUCAAAGAUCAGAACGGCAACCACGUUGUCCAGAAGAUUAUUGAACUUGUCCCGAGACAGUAUAUUGACUUUAUUAUGAAUGCUGUGCGUGGCCAAGUGACGCCCCUGGCUUCUCACGCGUAUGGCUGCCGAGUCAUACAACGGCUGCUGGAAUAUGGAACCGAGGCCGACAAAGCGGAGAUUAUGGGUGAACUACAUGCUUCAGCUCAGAUCCUCAUUACAGACCAGUACGGCAACUAUGUCGCUCAGCACGUCAUCCAGAACGGCGAACCAGAGGAUCGCGAGAGGAUCAUUCAGCUUGUCAUGGGCCAGCUCCUCACCCUUUCUAAGCAUAAAUUUGCGUCCAAUGUUGUGGAGAAGUGCAUUGAGUACGGCACACCAGCGCAGCGCACGACCAUUCGAGAGCAGCUGACAACUACCGGACCCGAUGGAAACAACCCACUGCAGCAGAUGAUGAGAGACCAGUUUGGAAAUUAUGUUAUUCAAAAGAUGCUGGGUCAGCUACAGGGUGAAGAGAGGGACCUCUUGGUUGAGGAGAUUAAACCCCAAUUUUACAGUCUCAAGAAGAGUGUGGCCUCUCGACAGAUUCAGGCGCUGGAGAAGCUCCUUGGAUUGAGUGGCUCCAAGAGCGAAUCAUCUACUCACCCGCAAACCAGCAGCCCACCCAGCACUCAUGCCAGCGCAGUCGGAGUCCCAUCCACUGAUGCCACAGACAAAGGUUCAAGCAACCCUAUCCACGGAGUGUCUGUGCAGGUGCAAGAUGCCGAGUAG